GCCAAACUGAAGCUUAAGCACCUCACCUCUACUCUCCUACAUCCCCUUAUCUUGUUUCGAUUUUGUCCCGACCAUCUCUUCCCAAAAGCUUCGGUCUUCGUGCCUUCAACCCAAAUUCCCGACACAUUUAACUCGACGCCGUCACCAUGGCCGGCUUCGAUUUCUCCAACUACAACCGUAACGCGGCUCUGCACGCCAAGGGAGUGCCUCUCCCCAAGGCCACCAGCACAGGUACUACGAUUGUGGGAUGUAUAUAUGACAAUGGAGUAGUGAUUGCGGCCGAUACCAGAGCUACCAGCGGACCCAUAGUAGCGGACAAGAACUGCGAGAAACUACAUUACAUCGCCCCGAAGAUCUGGUGUGCGGGCGCCGGCACGGCCGCGGAUACGGAAUUCACGACCGCACUGAUCAGCUCGAACGUGGAGCUGCACUCGUUGUCGACGGGCCGGCCGCCGCGGGUGAUCACCUGCAUGACGAUGUUGAAGCAGCACCUGUUCCGGUACCAGGGCCACAUUGGAGCGUACCUGGUGGUGGCGGGCGUGGACCCGACGGGCGUGGGACUCUUCACGGUGCACGCGCACGGGUCGACGGACAAGCUGCCGUACGUGACCAUGGGUUCGGGUUCGUUGGCGGCCAUGUCGGUCUUCGAGUCGAUGUGGAAGCCGCAGCUGAACCGCGACGAGGCGGUCGCCCUGUGCGCCGAGGCUAUCAAGGCCGGUAUCUUCAACGAUCUUGGCUCCGGUAGCAACGUCGACGUCUGCGUCAUCCAGAAGGACAAGCCCACCGAGCUGCUGCGCAACUACAUCAAGCCCAACGAGCGCGGCCAGAAGGAGCGCAACUACCGCUUCCCCCGCGGCACCACCGCCUACCUGAACCAGAAGAUCAUCAGCAAGGAGGACAUGCGCAAGUAUGUCUCCGUGGAGGAGGCUUCUGGCGACCCCAACUUGAUGGAGGUGGAUAUCUAAAGCCUUGGAAUGCAGGCAUAUAUGGUCAAGCUGGUGUGGAGUCAAAGCGCUAUGUAAUUCCCAUAUCUUUGCGGCAAAGAAAUCAUGUCUGCGCUUCUUCAACCCGAAUCACGCACGAAUAAAUCGUAUUAUGGAUCAAACGGAACUUAGGCUGUCUGCGAGCCAUUGAAUACUG